AUGAAAUAAAGAAGGACAAAAUAAGGGAGAUUUACUAGUAUAGAAAAUGAAAGGGAAUAGCAAAGAAAGCUGUAUGAAGAGAACUUGAGGAAGAAGAAAGAAAUGCUCUAUUUUGAGUUUGAAAAAUAAGAGGAAGUUCUUAAAUACACUAAAUUAUCAGUUGAAACACAUAACGAUGUUAAUUUUAAAUAUGAGCAUGAUAGAGUCACUAAUAUUAGAAUAGAAAAAGAGAAUUAAUUAUAAGAUUUACUCAAAACCUUGAAAGAUGCUCAAGAAAUAAAUAAAAUGUAAGAGCCACUACCUGAAGGUUAAAGUCUCUAUGGAUAAGCUAAUAAGGGAAUUAAUUUGACAUCAAUUUUUAGUAAAAGCUUUUACAGAUCAUCUGGUUUGCAAAUAUUAACUAGCACUUAAAUGAAAAGCAGAGAUGAUGUUAACAAUUAUAUUGCUUAUAUGAAUCAAGAAAUUGAGUAAGUAAAUGAAAAUUUAAAAAAUGAAGAGUAAAGAACUUUAACGCUUAAGAAAUCAAUGCAGGAGCUGUUUAAAACCAAGCAAAAAUUUAGAGAUUAGCUACAUGAUUUAGAAUUUUUGAAUGAAACAGCAGAUAGACGUUUUCACGAUUUAGCAGCUGUUUAAUUUAAAGCUAAGGAAAAAAAAAUAGCAAUUGAUAAAGAUCUUAAUGCUGCUAAGAAGAGUUUGAAGGAGUACUAGUAAAUUGGAGAUAAAUACAAAGAAAAGCAAAUGGUCAAAAUGAAAAGUGGUGAGAAAAUAAAAAAAACUGCUGAAGAAAUUAUUUCUCAUGAUAUGAUCAGGCAAGAUGAGCUAGAAAAGGAGAUUUAGAUGCUCUAGUAAGUUAUCUAAAAAGAAGUAAUUAAAUAGUAAACUAUUAUAGAAAAGAGGAGUGAAAGCAAGUAUAUCCUUAAAUACAUCGAUUGCUUCACAUAAUUUGAGAGACUCUUUCUCUCAGGUGAAGUCAAAGAAAAAGAUAUACAAGAUUUAUAUGAAUUCAACAAUAUCAACAGGAGAAGCAUACUGAGCCAGCACUAGCAAAAUCUUUCUGACGAUGGGUCUACUAUAAAUCUCUAAUCACAUAAUUUGAUUUUAAAUGCCCAUAGAUCUAGGAAAGAUUCUAGGAUGAGCAGUGGAGAUAGCAGAUCUCCUACACUCUCACCAACAAGGGAUAGAAUGAGAAGUAGUUUUAAUAUUUAAGAAGAGGAUAAUAGACGUUCUCUUAUAGAUACUAUUAAUAAAUUCGACAGUGAGCAUCCUAAUGGAGCUAGAGAUUUGGUUAACGAAAUGAUCAAAAUGUAUAAUAAUUAUUCAUACAUCUAAGAAACUCUAAAUGGCAAUCAUAGUAGAUUGCUUGAAGAAAAGGCAAGAAAAUAAUAGGAGCUAAUAGAUUUAGAAAAUAACCUUAAUAAUAUCAAGAAAUUCAAUUAAUAUUUAGAUGAAAUGGAAAAUAAUAAACAAUUCGAAAAGUAGAUGCUUGAGUUAACUGAAGCAGUAGAUUCAGGACUUCUUACUAUUCCCUAAUCUGAAAAUAAAAUAAAUGGAGCAAUUAAUUAAAAUACAAAUAAUCAUCAUAACAAAGAAUAAAAACAGCUAAUUAGCACUGUAAAUAUUUUAAAGCAUGAUAACUUUUAACAUGAAAGUGAAAAAAUAAAAGAAUUGGCUUAAAAAAAUUAAAACUUUAUUUUCAACUUUUUCUCGAACUACUGUGAAAGUGUUAUUAGAGUGUGUUAAAUUCUAGAAUUGAUAUUUGGAUUUUCAUUAAACCUCUGUCCUGUCUAACUAGAAAAGCUAUCUAAAUCCACUAUUUAAUUUAUCAAAGAUAUUUGGGCAGGCAAAUUCGAAGAAAAUCUCGACCCACUCUAAAAGAAAAAUAACAAAAGGUCAAGACAAACAAUAAUUUAUUAAAAAUUAGGAACUUAAGAAUUAUUAAAUGGAGAAGAGUAACCUGUAGCUUACUUUAAGCAUAUUGAAUCGGAGAAAUUUACUCAUGAAGAAAUUAGAAAUUUGUUUACAGAAAUAUUCCCUCAUAAACAUCACUUAGCUGAUAGUUUCUUUUCUUAUAUAAAAUCGGAAAGAAUAAUCUGGUUCUUCUGCAAUUUAGAGUAAAUAAGUAAUUAUUUAAAUGACUAAAGAAAACAAAAUGGAGAAGAAAAAGGAGCUUAGUUAGCUUUGGAUAAUAUACAUGAGCUCAAAGAAUAAGGAUUAGCAAUUUUCUAAAAUAAAUUAUAAAAUCUUAUGGAGCUUAUGAUUAAAAUUCAUAACUAAAUUAAAGAUAGCAGUCAUAAUUGUAUUAAAUAUAUAAGAGAAACUUACCCUGAUUACAAUCCUUAUAGAAGGUAUACUUAGAAAUAAGUAAGAGAAAAUGAUGAAAUCAGAGAGGCAAAGUUAAAAGCAACGCAAAAAAGUGAUAACUACUUUAGAAAUAAUGACCCCUUAAUGGAGGACUUCAUCAUAUUGAAGAAAGAGGAUGCUUACAAUAUUUUGAUUAGAGAAAAUAGUUCUGAUUAAGAAAAGUAAUAGCUUUAAUAACUUCAAUAAAAGAAAUAGGAAGACAAAAACUAAGACUAGAUUAAUAUGCUUAUUGAGUACAUUAAGAAAACAAAAAAUAAUGGAUAACAAAUUUUAAUCGAAUAAAAAAAGUAACAAGUAAUGUAGAUGUAAAAAAACAAAUAAAAGAACUAAUUCAGCUAAUAAGAAAGUAUUUAGUCUCAGUAAUAAAUAAAUAAUGGAAUAAUCCAUACUGUUAGUUCCUAAGAAGGAAGUAACGUUUUAUAUCAAAGAAAUUAAUCAUAAAUGGCUAAUACUAGUGACUUUUCUUCAGGUAACCAACCAUAGCAAAUUAGCACAGUUAAUGCUAUUUAAAGCAGCUAAGAUAGUUCAAAUAAACUGUAUCUCUCUUCCGUGAAAGAGGAUAUUACACGCUUUAAACAGUUGAAUAAAGGAGAAAAUGAAACCAUCUAAAAAGAAAGAGAGAGAAUUCAUAAUCUUUCUAAAUAGAAAUAAAUAGAUGAAUUAUUAGAAAUAGAAAGACAGCUGCAACAAAAAAAUAACAAAUUCUUUGUCUCAAAUGAAAUAACCUCAAUUAACGACCGUUUGCAUUAAGAGAAAAAUGCACCAUUCAAAGAAAAAUUAAUUAGAAAUUUCUCUGAGAGCUAAUUAGUUUUAAGUAAAGUAGAUCGUAUGGAUAGAUUUAGUGGAUUUAUCGGACCUCAAGUAGUCAAUAAAAUUCAAGAAGAAAAAAAUCAAAUGGUGCGUGCUUUAAGAGGUGAACUCUACCAACCAGACUUGAACUAUUUAAAGUCAAAUAAUGCUUAUAAUGUUCGCAAACAAGUUGCAAUGGAAUAACUAAACUUCUUGCAUGAUUAAAAAUUAAAACAAACUGUUUUAUUAAAUCAUAGCAGCUCGUAAUCAAUUCAAAGCAGCUCAAAGAAAAAUGAUUAAAACCAAUUUAGCUUUAACAAGGAUACUCAUUCUAAAUAGAAAAAAUCUGAAAACUAAAAUGCAGCUAAGACUGAUAUCUUACUAAUUAAAGAUGACAAAUAGUUAAAUGAAUAGCAAGUAUUUAAUCAGUAACUCAGCCACUUCCAUCCUAUGAAACAUCAGUCAAAAGUUGAUCAAAUUACAAUAAAAAGAGAGUAACCAUCUGAUGAAAAGUCUCAACAAAAAGAAAUUCUAUAGUAAAAACUUAAAGACAUUAAAACUACCUUAAAGCUGCCAAGUGCAAACUCAACAAGAUUGCAAACGAUAGAUAGCCGUCCUUAAACAUAAGGAUCAAACAAUUACAGAAAGAUUAAGAAGUAAGAAUUCUUAGUUUAAGAUGGAUUCAGCAAUAAAAAGAGUAAUUUAACAUUAAGCGGUUAGAAUUUCUAUUCAAACAAGCUCGUAAGAGACACAAGUGCUAACGAUUUAUAAUAUAAUAGAAAAGCUUAAACUCCUAUUAAUUAUAAUAACUUUGGGUUAAGCGAUGUCUUCUCAAGUGAAACAAGCUUUACAUAAAACCCUAACAGUGUUGGUCCCUACAACAACUAAAACUUAAAGUUUUACUAACGAUACGCCUCCCCAGAGGGAGAUGCCUUCUUUGAUUAAAUUCUCAACGGCCCACCAUUUUAUAAUUUAAAUAAUAAUUAAGCUCGUCCUAUGACUUAGCAAAAUACAAAAGCUUAAUAAAAAUACUAAAUGAAAAAUAAUGAAUAUAACUAUCCUAUAAAUGAGUACAAUUUAGAUUAAGUGGCAAAACCAUAGUCAAGCCAUGAAGGAAAAAGAAAUCUUUUCUAUAAGCAAUAAUAACAAUUUCCUUAAUAAUAAAAAUACAACUCUAAUUAAAAUUAGAAUCAGUAAGAUUAAAUUUUAGAAGAAGAUUAGUAAAGAGAAAAACGAGUUUCAUUUGGAUAAGAAAGUGAACAUUUCUAAGUUUAGUAGUAAAAUAAAUAAAUAGAAAUAGAAGAAUUUGGUUAAAUGAAUUCUAAUAGAUAAACUGAUAUCUACAGUACAGUUUCAUAGUCCUCAUCUCGUACCAACAAUACUCAUAUCAACCGUCUUUCUGCCAACUAAAAACAUGAUUAAGAAGCUUCUUAAUAAAAUGAAUAAUGA